GAUCCCAAAACAAAAAAACGACACAGUCGACAGCACCAUCCAAAGCCCAAUUGCACCUCGCUCUCUCUCGCAGUUCUCUUCAAUCUUGUCGUGGAAGCUGCCGACCAAGCUUGUGCCUUUUUAUUGGGCUGCAUCUGCAUGCAGAAUCUGAUUCCAACACCUGUUCUCUUUGCAUCUUUCUGGCUUCUUCUAAUUUCUUGACACCAAACAGCCAGGCUCAACACCCGUGUCUCUAUCUCUCUCUCUCUCUGAGUCUGAUCUUACAUCUUCACACAUUUGUCGCCAUAUAUAACAUAAGACGUGUAAAAGAGCAAAUGGGUUCUCUGUUAACCAAGAGUAUCAGCAAGGAACAGCUUGAAAUGGCGGUCAGCAAGGUCAAGACCAUCGUUAACUCCAACCCAGUUGUCGUCUUCAGUAAGACUUACUGUGGUUAUUGCAAGAGGGUAAAGCAGCUGCUCACUCAGCUUGGAGCAACUUACAAGGUCAUUGAACUGGAUGAGGGAACUGAUGGAGAUGAAACUCAAGCAGCUCUAGCAGAGUGGACUGGACAAAGGACUGUGCCUAAUGUCUUUAUUGGGGGAAAACACAUUGGUGGUUGUGACUCUGUUUUAGAGAAGCACCAGGCAGGUCACCUUCUGCCCCUUCUCAGUGAGGCUGGUGCCAUUGCCUCUAAGUAACAAACUUCAUUCCCUGAUGAAGAGGUGAAACUAAACAUACCCAUAUUCCUACAUCUACGCUGAAGGAACAAACUACAUGAAAAAUGUAAUAAUAGUUAAUGAAAAUAAUGUUCCUACUUGUAUCUUGUGCGUGGAAAAAAGUAAUGUUUUUCUAUCAAGUUUCAGUUGCAAUUUGAUUUGUUGUUUAUGGACUUCAAAUUAUGGGAACACAAUUGAGAUUGGCUAUGCCAUCCUCAGUGGAAACUCAAGUCGUCUUGUCUUGUAUUUGUGGUACCCCAAUAUUUAGUGUCCAAUUUACACUUGA